AUGGCAGUGGAGGUGGCUUCCAAGCAAUUUGUUGACAGUCCUGAUUUUUCUCAAACUGCUUGGAAAUCCCAUUCUGACAAUAUAAACAGCUUGGAAUUGAAAACUCUUUGGAACAAGGGGAAUUUGCUGAAAUCCCAUUCUGACCAUCAGCAUCAUCGAACAGUAUGCAGUAACAGCCCUAUCAAGGGCAUUUUGGUAUUUGUGCAGGACAUUCCAGGAUUAGAAAGGAAUCACAGUGCUGCUCACUGUGGUCAGCAGCAGGCCUUGCUGUUGCAGCACCCUCAAGUGACUAUUUCUCAGAAGUUGGAGUCACCUGAGUUCAAGGAUGGUUUAGACACCUCUCAGUGCUCAUUUCAGGCCUGCAGAGUCACGGUGGAAGUUAGGCAUAUUCUAUGCGACACUUGCUGCACCGGAUUCGAGACCGACAAAACCCCCUACAUCGCGGGUGCAAGGGUUAGAAUUGAGUGCAAGGAUAGGAAAACUGAUGGUCUCAAGUACAGCAUCGAGGGGGUGACUAGCUCAACCGGGAUAUACAACAUUGAGGUCUCCGGUGAACACGGUGACGAGAUGUGUGAUGUGAAGGUUGUUACCCCACAGCCUGACUGUGCUACACCAAGCAGUGGAUGCGACUAUGCUUGUGUUAUUAUCACCCGGUACAACAGCAUUGUACCUGACACCCGUAACGUCAACUCCAUCGCCUUCCAGAGGGAUCAGCCCAUGGCUGGUUGCACCGAGUUGCUCAAGACAUACAUGGUAGAUGAAGAUCAAUAGAAGAACUGUGGUUGGUUUUUUCAUGUGUUAAUUGUUUCUCCAUGGUUGUGUUGUCUCUUUAGUUUAUGAGACUCUGUUUCAUAAUUUAUUUAUGCUUCAUUAUGUAGCUUGUCACUUAAUCGUGGCUAUCAUAUCUGCUAACAUAAAUUUAAAUCAAUU